AGAGAGAGAGAGAGAGAGAGAGAGAGAGAGAGAGAGACAAAGACGGAGAGAGAAGGAGUUUAACAGCGUUUUGAGAAAGAGGAAGAGAGUGUGAACAGCAGAAUAGAAAGACGCACACAAAGAGAUAAGAGUGGGCCAGGCAGGAGACGCUGAGAAGAGGCACAUGGUGUAAAAAUGCCCACCAAUUUCACGGUACUCCCGGUAAAGGACAGCAGGAGGGAGGCAGCCGAAGAGGGGAGCGGGAGAGAGGAAGACAACAAUGUUCUGAGAGAGGGAGAUGGGGACACCCCAGGUGAUGGCAACCCAAAAGAAAGCAGUCCUUUUAUCAACAACACAGAUAAUGAUAAGGGCAACAACUAUGAUGGCAAGAACAUGGCUCUAUUUGAGGAGGAGAUGGACAGUAACCCCAUGGUGUCAUCUCUCCUCAAUAAACUAGCAAACUACACCAAUCUCACACAGGGGGCCCAGGAGCAUGAGGAAGCCGAUGAUGAUGAGGGGCCGAAAAAGAAAACUGUCAAGAGCCCUCAGAUGGGGACAUUCAUGGGUGUUUACCUCCCCUGCCUCCAGAACAUUCUGGGGGUUAUCCUUUUCCUGCGUCUCACCUGGAUCGUUGGUACAGCUGGCAUCUUGGAGUCCCUGGCCAUCGUCGGCAUGUGCUGCUCCUGUACCAUGCUGACAGCCAUAUCAAUGAGUGCAAUUGCUACCAAUGGUGUGGUGCCAGCUGGAGGCUCCUACUACAUGAUUUCCAGAUCCCUGGGCCCAGAGUUUGGUGGGGCAGUAGGCCUUUGUUUCUACCUGGGCACAACCUUUGCAGGUUCUAUGUACAUCCUGGGUACAAUAGAAAUUCUACUGACAUACAUUGUCCCUAAGGCAGCCAUUUUUGUGACAGAAAAGAAGGAAGAGAAGGUGGAUGCCUUGCUCAAUAACAUGCGUGUCUAUGGGACCUGUUGUCUGGCACUGAUGGCCCUGGUGGUCUUUGUUGGGGUGAAGUAUGUCAACAAAUUGGCCCUAGUCUUCCUGGCCUGUGUCAUCCUUUCCAUCUUGGCCAUCUAUGCUGGGGUCAUCAAGACCAUCUUUGAGCCUCCUGAUUUUCCUCUAUGCGUAUUGGGAAACCGCACCCUUCAGAGCCACAACUUUGACAAGUGUGUGAAGACAGAGGUCAUAGACAAUGUGACAGUCACAACCGAGUUGUGGAGUCUGUUCUGUGAUGGACCCCAGCUGAAUGCCAGCUGCAAUGAGUACUUCAAAAACAAUGAUGUGACUGUGCUGCAGGGCAUCCCUGGACUGACCAGUGAUGUCAUCUCAGUAAACAUGUGGUCAGACUAUGGUCCACUGGGUAUGCUUGUGGAAAACAAGCGCCUGCCUUCAUUUCCAGCAACCAACACCUCCCAGGAUAUCUACAUGCCCUACGUGGUUAAUGACAUAACUACCUUCUUCACCCUGCUUGUUGGCAUCUACUUUCCCUCUGUCACUGGUAUCAUGGCCGGUUCGAAUCGGUCAGGUGAUCUGCGAGAUGCUCAGAAGUCCAUCCCAAUUGGAACCAUCCUUGCUAUCGCCACCACCUCCGUCAUCUAUGUUACCUGCGUGGUUCUGUUUGGUGCCUGUAUUGAGGGUGUGUUGCUUCGAGACAAGUUUGGUGAUUCUGUGAAAGGGAACCUUGUGAUUGGCACAUUGUCCUGGCCAUCACCUUGGGUGAUUGUGAUUGGCUCAUUCUUCUCCUGCUGUGGGGCUGGACUUCAGAGUUUGACUGGUGCCCCACGCCUGCUGCAGGCCAUUGCACGAGACGGCAUUGUACCUUUCCUACAGGUUUUUGGUCAUGGGAAGGCAAACGGAGAGCCCACCUGGGCUCUGCUGCUGACUGCUGGUAUCUGUGAGAUUGGCAUCCUUAUUGCCUCCUUGGAUGCUGUGGCUCCGAUCCUCUCCAUGUUCUUCCUGAUGUGCUACUUAUUUGUCAACCUGGCCUGUGCUGUCCAGACACUGCUGCGCACACCCAACUGGAGGCCCCGUUUCAAAUACUACCACUGGGCCCUGUCUUUCCUUGGAAUGAGCUUGUGUCUAUCUCUCAUGUUCAUCUCCUCCUGGUACUACGCUAUUGUGGCAAUGGCCAUCGCUGGCUGCAUCUACAAAUACAUUGAAUAUAGAGGUGCGGAGAAAGAGUGGGGUGAUGGAAUACGAGGUCUGUCUCUCAACGCUGCCCGCUAUGCUCUCAUUCGACUUGAGGAGGCACCACCACACACAAAGAACUGGAGGCCUCAGUUGCUGGUGCUGCUGAACCUGGACUCAGAUCUAGGAGUUAAACAUCCUCGCCUGCUGUCCUUUACCACUCAGCUGAAGGCAGGGAAAGGCCUGACCAUAGUGGGGAAUGUUCUGGAAGGAACCUAUCUAACUAAAGAUUCGGAGACCAAGACUGCUGAGCAGAACAUCAAGUCAGCCAUGGCAGCGGAGCGCACCAAGGGUUUCUGCCACGUGGUGGUGUCCUCCAACCUGAGAGACGGUUUCUCGCACCUCAUCCAGUCUGCAGGCCUGGGUGGCAUGAAGCACAACACAGUCUUGAUGGCCUGGCCCGGUACUUGGAAGCAGUCCAACGACCCCCAGAGCUGGAAGAACUUCAUAGAGACUGUACGGGAAACCACAGCAGCCCACCAGGCCCUGCUGGUGGCCAAGAAUGUGGACAGUUUCCCCACCAACCAGGACCGUCUAGGAGAGGGCACCAUUGAUGUAUGGUGGGUCGUACAUGAUGGAGGCAUGCUGAUGCUUCUGCCCUUCCUGCUGCGACAGCACAAGGUGUGGAGGAAGUGUAAGAUGCGCAUCUUCACCGUAGCCCAGAUGGAUGACAACAGUAUCCAGAUGAAGAAAGACCUCCAGAUGUUUCUCUACCACUUGCGACUGGAUGCAGAAGUGGAGGUGGUGGAGAUGCAUGACAGCGACAUCUCAGCCUUCACCUAUGAGAAGACUCUGGUGAUGGAACAGAGGUCUCAGAUGUUGAAACAGAUGCAGCUGUCUCGGACUGAGAGGGAGAGAGAGGCCCAGUUGAUUCAUGACAGGAAUACCGCAUCUCAUGCCACUCUGAAUGACAAAGCCGACACUGGGCCUGAUCGGGUCCACAUGACCUGGACUAAGGAGAAGCUCUUCACAGAACGCAACAGAAAUCGCGAGCCCAAUGCCAACAUAGCCGUACGCGACAUCUUUAAUAUGAAACCAGAGUGGGAGAGUCUGAACCAGUCCAACGUCCGUCGGAUGCACACGGCGAUCAAGCUGAACGAGGUGGUGGUCAACAAGUCCCAGGGAGCCCACCUGGUGCUGCUCAACAUGCCCGGACCACCCAGGAACAGAGGAGGGGAUGAAAACUACAUGGAGUUUCUGGAGGUUCUCCUUGAGGGGUUGAACCGGGUCCUCCUGGUCCGUGGUGGUGGCCGUGAGGUCAUCACCAUUUACUCUUAAAAAAACACUCUGACCCCACCCUGCACACAUCAGUCAUUGCCACGGAUACCAGUUAUCGGGCAUUUUUUGAGGAGGAAGCUGAAUUGGAUUUUUCUUUAGUGGGAGUCGUUGGAAGGCAGGGGCCACUCAUGAUCGGGCGGACGGUCUUUAUGACCGUAAGUGGGAGGAAAUGGUUGGUGUUUCACCAACUUACUGGCUCGGUGGCUGAGAGAGAGUGUGCUGUGUUCCCUUGCUGGGCCAUUGUAUCCCUGCUGCCUGGAAGAUAGAGCAUAGAGACACUUUAUAUUUUCAUUUACUCUUGAAAUUGUCAUGUUAUAUUUUCAUAUUCUUUCCCUUUCCUUGUGUUAGUGUUGUCACGUUAUUGACGCUUAUCAUUACACAAUAAGCAAAGAAGAGAAUGUGUGCUUUUCUUAAGAAAAGCACGCAUGUUGGUUUAUUUAGACUCUGGGGGGAGUACAGUCCUGAGAGGAAGACAUGGAGAAGGCAGCUUUGCCCCCUUUUAAAUUGUGCGGCAUCUAUGCACAGACAGAAUGAUUGCUCUUGAAUCUGAUGUCUACUACAUUUCAGGCAGGAAACACACAGAGACACUGAUUGGUAGAAAAUCACCCUGUGAUCCAAUGUGGCUUGCAUCAACACAAGUACUUAAUUGUCUCAUUGAACUACUUUGGGUUCACCAUGGGUUCGGAUGGUCUGUGUGGACAUCUAAAAGGACACACAGGCUGUAUAUAGGCCGAUGAAACAUCUUGGUUUAAAGUGAGUUUCAUGUUGAAGCAGCAUGUGUCAUGCUAAUUAUGUUGCUUUUUUUUGUGUCUUUGUCAUCGUUGAGUUCAGAAUAACCCCUAGUGGACUGAAUGGCCGUGUUUUUUCUGUCUGAGUGAGUGUGUGUGUGUGUGUGUGUGUGUGUGUGUGUGUGUGUGUGUGUGUGUGUGUGUGUGUGUGUGUGUGUGUGUGUGUGAUUCAUGCACACGUACGCUUGCACGAGUAGGUAAGCUUGGGGAAAGUUUGGUCAUGUAUCGGAUGGGUCAAAAGGACUUUGAAUGUGCAAUAAAAGACUUGUCGCUGUUGUGUGUUUUCAGACAUAUCACUAGCCAGCCCCUGAGACGGAGGGUGGGGAUCACCUUAUGUUACCUGGGUGGGGGUCUUUUUAAUGAAUUCUGGGUAAAAGAUAGUUAAUCGAAGAGCAAUAUUCCACAUCCUUUAAGUGACCCAUUGUUGCAAUAGGGAGAAUAGCCAUAGUAAAUUGUACAGUAUGUUAUGAAAAUGUACCAACAUAUUUAUGAUUUCUGAAGUAGUGUUGAUAGAAAUUUGUGUAGAGCAGAAUUGACAGGAAGCAUAGCUUUUGUUUCUAAUUCAUGGGCUGUUUGACAGCUUGAGAACACAAAUUGCUGAAGAUUGGCUUGCAGCUUAAACUAAAUCUAUAGAUUGCAAUUACCGCUGUCGGCAUUCGAUUAGGUCAGAGUGACCAGGAGUCGACGCCUGUGGCUUAAGUUCAAAAGUAAAAUAGUAAUAGGUGUUGGAUUCCCUCGGCAGUUUUAUCCAGCGUCGGCUUAGUUGCAGCACCGUUCUCUUUGCACUAGCUACCUUUCAAUGUAAUGGAGACUGUCUCGAUUUGUUUUAUCUUAAACAUGCACACAGCGAUGGGAUGCACGUUCUACCUGUCAGUGCACCAACACAUCCUCACCUACCUGGGUACCUUAUUGUUCCACGGGUGGGCUCGGUCUCUCGCUUAGGAGGUCGUGGAGGGGGUUGAUAGGGAAAAACAAACACCGUCGGCAACUGACUUCAUAUGCAUGUAUAGGAGAAGAUGUGCCAAAAAGAAGAAAGAAAGAAACUGUGGAAGUAUUAUCGGUGUCAGAGCUAGUCCCUACUACAGCCAUGACUGUUCAUCACUAGAAGCCCUGAAAAACAUGAAAAUGCUAAAAAAAAAAAAGGAAGGUUAUAUUUAUGAUGCGACUUGCCCACCCCUCCCACAGAGAUUGCCUACUUUGUUCUGCUGUGUGUGUGUCCUUUUGAAUGCUUGAUUCACAUUUCUGUCAGAAGUCUUGAGUAAAUAAUGAAGGUUUUGUCUUGCAGGGCAUUUUGAUCCCCCCCCCCCAUGCCUUACAUGGGUAAAUGCUGCCGGCACAAAGUCUACUACGGGUUAGGUUAAUGAAGGAAGGGGGCAUUCAACCCUUGGUUGGUGGUAUCUCCACAGUUUCUUUUCUGCAUUUUCUUAGUUGUGCAGUAUUUUGUAAAAUGGAAAUGUCAUACUCUUGUGUAGAUGGAAAAGCAAAGUCCUGUUCAGAGUCUGUCUGUCAGUUAAACGACAUCCUCUUUGUUUUGUGUGUUUAUAUUUUCUUCCCCAUGUGCACCUAUGUAUUGUAGCCAUGUUCUGUGUGGUGUUUGUCUCUACAUUUAUUGUAAUUAUCUUCUGUUACUUCUAGUGUUAAUUUUCACAACUGUGAGUCUUGCAAAUUGAUCGGCGGGGGAGUGGGGGGAGGCUGCAGUAGGGAACUUGAUUGUUGUGUGGGGGGGGGUGCGCACAAGUGUUGGUCUGUGUCUUCUUGUCUGUGCAUACACACUUUGGUGUGUAUGCACGCUUGUCUGUACAUGCAUGUGCACACAAGUGUUGGUCUGUGUGUGUGUGUGUGUGUGUGUGUGUGUGUGUGUACAUGCAUUUGCACGCAAGUGUUGGUCUGGAUGGUCUGUGUCUUGUCUGUGCAUACAUGCUUCGGUGUGUGUGUGUGUGUGUGUGUGUGUGUGUGUGUGUGUGUGUGUGUAUACAUGCAUGUGCACACAAGUGUUGGUCUGUCUUGUCUGUGCAUACAUGCUUGUGCGUGUGUGUGGGUGCGGGGAAGGGGGUUGAAACCCAUCAGAAACGUAUACAAGCAAGAUGUUGGUCUCAAGGCCCCUGGUUAGACUGCAGGUCUUAUGUUUAAGAACAUUGAAUUAAUUGUGUGACGCAUUGGCGGUGGAGACGAGCGGGUCAUGUGACCAUGUUACCACCAUGUGUGAAGUUCACUGAAAACAUCUCAGCUGAGUCUCUUCUGUUUUGUAUGAUAGUCCCCGAAGAUGAAAUCUCUGGGCCUAUGUUAUAAAACAUCAAGUUGUGUCUAGUUUUAUGAAGUUGAACAUUUAAACCAUUAAACGUUUUAAAACUUGUUCAGAUCAGUUUAACAAAUAGAUUUUUUUUUUAAAAAUGUGAGCUUUGUUACUGACACUGAGUAGCAGGAGCAGGUCAUAAAUGUUGAAUAAGACAAUAAAAUCUUGCACAAAAGA